UCCACUCCACCCCAGCCAAAUCGAGGCGUGAUGAAAAGACUGCUGGGGACAGCCAGCAGAGCUCCCCCGCUCAUGUCAGGCGACUGCCUGUCAGCUGAUUUGACCAUCUCUAGGAAUGUCCAUACAGUAUAGGGAUUACAGUACAAUCAGAGUAGCCUGGAGGCCUGUACGACCUUGAAUUUGACGCAGCAAGUGACUCAUUCCGAGCCGAGACGACGCCGUUCUCAGGUCACUCAUUUGAUCCAGUUACUCGGUUUCAAGCUCCCAGUAAUAAGUUAAUACUGAGCACUCGCUCCUGCCGUUUUCGUUGGAGACGCAUUCUAGGUUCUUAUUCUUAUUGCAAUGAGCUACAGAGGAAUGGAAUUCUCGUUCUUAUCUGUGUGCUUCUGUCUGGCUAUUAUCUUCCAUCAAUCCUCGGCUGUAAGCGGAGAGACAUCCGUUCCAACUAUUCUGAACCUUGGAAGGAAAGAGAAAAUCGACCUUUCUGGAACGGUGCAUCGAGCGCGAAAGAUUGCACAGACUCCUCAGCUCGGAUGGAACAGCUGGAAUCACUUCCAAUGCCGGAUUACUGAAGGCAUUGUGAAAACCGCAGCGGACAAGCUCGUGUCAUCAGGACUAGUAGCUCUUGGAUACGUCUAUGUCAACAUAGAUGAUUGCUGGCAGGCUGACUCCCGAGAUUCAGAGGGUCGCCUGGUACCUUCUCCUGUCUGGUUUCCUUCGGGAAUCAAGGCGAUUGCGGACUAUGUGCACAGCAAGGGGCUCAAGCUGGGGAUCUACUCUGAUGCAGGGACUCGCACGUGUGAAGGCAAGCCCGGUUCACUUGGGCAUGAGGCCAUUGACGCCCACACCUUUGCUGAAUGGGGAGUGGACUACCUGAAAUACGACAACUGCUACAACGAUGGAACCCCAAACAAGUUGCGCUACACAGUCAUGCGCAAUGCACUGGAGGCCACAGGGAGGGACAUCUUCUUCUCCAUGUGUGAAUGGGGACAGGAUGACCCUGCUCUGUGGGCGUAUGACGUGGCAGACUCCUGGCGGACCACCGUUGACAUUGGGGACACGUGGAGGAGCAUGAUUCGGAUUGCAGACCUUAACAACAAGUGGGCCAAGUACGCCAAGCCAGGCGGGUGGAAUGACCCCGACAUGCUGCAGGUGGGGAAUGGCGGCAUGAGAGAGUCGGAGUACCGCGUGCACUUCAGCCUCUGGGCCAUCAUGAAGGCGCCUCUCUUGAUUGGCUGCGACCUCUCUCGUGUAUCAAAUGCGACACUGCGCAUUCUGGGGAAUGAUGAAGUCAUUGCUGUUAACCAAGACCGGCUGGGAGUGCAGGCAAGGAAGGUGCAAGUCUCUGAGGACAGCCUCAUAGAGGUUUGGUCCGGACCUCUGUCUGAGGGUCGGUGGGUGGUAGCCCUGGUGAAUCGCAGCCCAAUAAGCGCGAAGGUGACUGCCCGCUGGAAAGCGAUUGGCCUGAAUCCGGUGCAGCCGAUGUAUGCACGCGACCUUUGGAAGAAGGCAACCAUGGACAAGGUCAUCUCAGGGGAACUGAGCAUUCGAGUUCCAAGCCACGAUGUGAGGCUGUUCCUCAUCUGGCCCGCCACGGAGACUUCGUCCAGCUGACCUUACAGACCCAGUCCAACAAUGGCACGUGCAUCAGCAAUAAGCCUUGGGAGAUGUAAAGGUCUGGAUACAUUUUUAAUUAUGACAUUGAAAUGCACUUGGUGGAGAUCAUGUCGUACCAUACCAUACUCUCUACUGGUCGCAUCGUUGUUUUUGUCCAACAUAACAGCUUGCCUGUUGCAUGAACCUAAGCUGUGGGAAGGAGUGAUAAUGAAAUUUGCACCAGCGAGUUAUUUGCGAUAGCACAUGGAUGUAUAUACACGUGAGAGCAAA